AUCGAGCUAUCGUCGUGCGACGCGCCCGCGAUGGGAAAGUGGGUGACCGCCGAGUGUCCGGCACGCCUCGACCUGUCCGGAGGGUGGACCGACACGCCGCCCAUCACCUACGAACACGGCGGCGCCGUCACGAACGUCGCCAUCUUGGUCGACGGCCGGCGCCCGGUCGGCGCGCGCGCUCGACGAAUACCGGAGCCGCAUCUCGUGCUCGUGCUUCAGGAGACGGUUGCCGGCGACGACGACCGCGACACGAGGAUCGUGCUCACCCAUCUGUCCGACCUCGCCGACCACUGCCAGCCUCACGCUCCCGGUACGAUCGCUCGCCUGAUCGCUCACGCCAUAGCCCGGCAACGGCCACCGACCGAUAAUGAUUUUGAUUGCACUGGGUUUAUGGACCCCGAUAAUGUUGUUUUGCUCGAGGAUGGCAGUUACAGCUAUCAGAGCCUCUCCGGCCUUGAUCACUACAACAACGUCUGCCAGAGUUACCUCGGCUGGCGACCGCCGCGGGACAGACAGACGUGGGCAGGCCACGUCCAUACUCACCUCGAGGGAUCCUCGGCGCUGUCACAUGACACGGUGUUCGUCAACUCUAUCGCGUCGAGCCAUGUCACGUUCGGCGCGAAGAAUCUCGUAACGCACUGCCACCUGCAGGGAAAACUCGUGACUAAUGCCGGCUGCGUACUCAAUAAUCUGUGCGACUGCGACUUGCAGUGCAACGAUGGCAUAGUUGCAGAGGUUAGUGACGGGAUGGUCAUGCAGGCGUUUAACGUGCACCUCAGCGCUCCCUGUCGAGUGGACCUGGGUACUAUUCGUGUGCUCACAGUACUGAGUAAAUAUGACAGUCUGGAGUUGCCGAUGUACAGGGCGUUGGCUACAAUUUGUAGCGUGUCAUGGCUCGAAUUCCUAACAAGAACUGGGAUCUCUAAAGAAGAACUAUGGGGAACCAAACUGGAUGAGAAGGAGAUGACGGUGAUGACGGCGCGACUGUUUCCCGUAUUCCACGUCUGGGAGAAUGUCGGAAUGCGCGAGCUGAUGUGGCUUCAGGGUCUCCUGGAGGAUGAGUCUGGAAGCAUCCUAGACAGGUGGCGUUCAUCAUGGCGGAUGUCGCUGAACGAGAUACUGGAGAACGUCGAUAUAGAGGCUGAGUUUGCUCAUAGAAGGUGA